AUGAUGUCAUUUGUGGUUCCAUCGUCGAUGAAAAUGCCAAAACAGCAGAGUAAAUUGGAGUAUGAAGAAAUGAAAAGGAGACUUUUAGAAACAGAACAGAAGCUAGAGAAGCUGAACAAACUGGAUGAAGAUCUUCAAAGUGUGGUGUCUGCCAACUCUGACAGAACAUCAUUAGUUAGUGAGCACAUAUCAGGCACAUACAGCUGCCACAAGUCUCCUCAAGCAGACACACAGAGCCUUGCAUCUGUCAUCAGCACAGUACCUGACUCCUACACCCGCUUUGUUAGUCACCAGAUCCCUAGCAGCACCCCUAGCAAGCACAAGCGGCCCCCUGUGUCAGCAACAGCCACAGACAGCUAUGAUUCUGACAGUUCUACAAAUUCAGCAAGAAUUACUAUCCCUGCCAACAAAUAUGAACGAAAAUUGCUGUCACAGAACCAGAGACUACUAGCGGAAGUAGAGCGCCUUGUUGAUGAACUGCACACUGUUAAACUACAGGUGGCUUCCUUUAAAAAGUAUGAAGCUGAUGUCAGGAGACUUCCUGACUUAGAGGACAGAAUUGAAGGUCUACAGGCAGAGAAUCAAGCUCAGGACAAAGCUCUUAGGGAAGCAGAAGAGCACAUUGAAGAGGGUGCCAGAAGAAAUGCAGAACUACAGAAAAAGCUGGAGAAAUAUGAAGGAGAUAUAGCUGACUUACAAAUGGAGUUAGAUGCAGCAAAAUCUGCCAAGAAGGAGAUCGAACAUCAGAGGGAUGAGACUUUACAGAAUCUGAUGGAAGCACAGGAUUCUUUGGGAGAUUAUCAGCGCAGGAUGAAAGAUAAAAUGAAGAAGAUGGAAGCUACUGAGGAUGAGCUGAGGGAUAGCUUGACGGCCAUCACUCAGGAGCGAGGUGACCUCAUGGAGCAGUUGUCUGACAUGCAGACCUCCUUGGCCUCCCAGGAAGCUCAGAUCAACCGUUUGCUCAACGACUUGGAGAUGGAGGACAUGAAGAAACAGGAAAUUGAGCAAGAGAAGACAACACUGCAAGAUCAGCUGGAGCUGUUAAUGGCACAGCUCAUCAAGUAUGAAAGCGACACAAAAGGUUUGAAAGCUGUACAGAAGGAAAAACAGCUUCUGGAGGCUGAGCUGACAGAGCAUCGAACAGUGGCCCAGGAAAUUGCUCAACUCCUCAUGCUUGCUCAACACUGUCACAGUAAGAAUGUUCUGGAAGACAGUGGCAAUUACAGCAUCCACAACCUCAAGGGCGAUGGUGGCGGGUGGUCUGCAGGUGGUGAUGCUGCAGGUGUGGCCGACCUCAACACAAACAACAAUGGCAGCAUGGAGCUCAACACAAACAACAAUGGACUUGGAUGUGAGGGUGGGACGACCAUGAUGGGAGAGCUCAGAAACCUGUUUACAAACAUGGACGGAGAGAUCCAGCGGCUGCGCUACGACCUGAAACAGAGGGAUGCCGAUGACCGAACCUAUCAGAACCUGCACGAUGAACUCAGGGUACUCAUGGACAAAGUGGAAUCAGGUGUACGUGCUAACCAAGAACUGGAGUGCCUGGUCAGUAGCCUGGAGGAAGACAAGAGGAACCUUCUCAUCAAACUGGACGAGUGUCACCAGACCAUCGCUGAGAGGGAGCGACAGAUUCAGUGCAUGGACACACGACUGAAUGAACGCAACCACCAGGUCAUCUGUCUACAGGAAGACAACAACGACAAGGCCCAGACCAUCUGUCAGUUGGGAAAACAGUUAGACUGUAACGAACAGAGGCUCCAGAUGUCUGAAUCAGGCCAGAACCAGUGUGCCGAGCAUGUAGCAGCUCUGGAAGCUCGCAUCAAAGAGCUGGAGGAUCUCCUCUGCCAGAAGGAACAAACUGUCCAGGAGCUCAGUGAACAAAUUGUCAAGAUCAACAAAGAGUUCCGGUGCAUGCAGCAGAAGUACGAGAAGAAGGUGGACUGCCUCAAUCAGCAGAUCUACGAGUAUCAGAAGCAGAUAGAACAGCUAACAUCGGACAAUGAUGCACUGAAUCACAAACUGACUGUCUGUGUGAAAGCAGCCGAGGACUGUAAGCGCAUGCUGCACAGCCAGGAGGAUCUGAACCAGAACUUGGAGAACCAGGUGGAUGAGCUCAAAACGACUCUUGAUGAAAAAGAGAAGCUGCACUGUAAACUGCUGGAGUCCUACCAGCAGAAGAUCUGCAAGUCCAACGAGCAGAUCAAGGCUCUGGAGAAUGCACUGAUCAUGUGCCGUAAUGAGGUCAAGAUGCACUUGGACACCAUGGAGAAGAUCAAGAACCACUUUGAGUGUGAGAUUAUGAAGCGGGACUCUUGUAUCAAACACCUGAAGGAAGAGCUGCGCAAGUGCAGUGAGGAUCUCAAGUGCCGUGUCCAGGAGAACUGUAGCCUGGAGCAGACCAACGCUGAACUGCACAACAAGCUCAGCAAUGCCUACGCUCAGCUCAAGGCCUGCGAGCAGAACGCCUGUUGUCUCUCUGACAAGUUGAAGAACAUGGAAAAUAUAAUGCUCAAAGACAAGGCCUGCUACAUGAAGGAGACAGAAGAGUUGGAGCGACGGCUGGAAAAAUCUGGCAUGAUAGACUGCUUGCAAGGGGAGAAGAACAGCUUGUGCCGCGACCUGACCAAAUGCAAGGAGGUGGCCUGUACCCUGCAGGACAAGCUCAACAAGAUGGAGCGGGACAACCAGGAGCUGUGCCGACAGCUACAGCAGAAGAUGGACUGCAUUCGAGAUCUGGAGGUGGCCAUUUGUGCCAAGGAACAGGAAGUGAAGUGUUGUCAGAGAUGUGUCGAGGAACUCCAGGAGAAGAUCAAACGAUUGAACGCU